AUGUGUUUCCAGCUCUGCGCCGGUCACAGUCAACUUGAGCGUUCGCCGUCAACAAUGCUCUUCCCAUCUGUCCGAGAUGCGGGUCUUUUAGUCCUGGGGGCCUUGAUCGCGUUCAUCCCUAUACUCAGUGGUGCUCACGAUGUUUCUGUAAUGAAGCAACCGCUUGGCCCGCUCAAAGUCACCCUCGACUAUGGCCUUGCAAUAUCUUGGCCGCAGGCGCAAGACGUCAGCCUUCAGCGAGUCAAGCGCAGUUGGCUAUUUACCAGCCACAUCGUGUUUGCAAGUCGCAUCGGGGAUUCCGAUGAGGCGAACCCUCCAGUCUCAGACGGGCAGCUAUGGCAAAUCGCGCGAGAGGCGGUCGAUGAAAUGGUAGCAGACCGAGAGCAGUAUGGCAUCAUCCCUGGCGCAGAGCCCACGGCCGUCGGGAUUCUGGCCUGGGGGAAUGAAAUCAUCCUUUCCUCGACCAUGAAGUCAGCGGGCCAUUACUCCUAUCAGUUUCAGAACGGCGACACGCCUGUCGGCAGAAGUCUUCAGAAAUGCCAGAUGGUCUGGCGAGAUAAGACUGGCAAAGAGAAACAACACAAGAACCGGGGUAGUUGCGUAGAGCCUAUGGCGGCCCAUCUAUACUACGGCCAGAACGAUGUCCCCCUGAAAGAUCGAAAAGCGAGAGUUGGCACAUGGGUCAAAGUGGGUAAUUGGAAACAGAUAGAUCCAUGUGGAACUGACAGGGAGGACUUUUGGGGCUGCAAUCUCUUCACAAAAGAUCAGGGGCUCAGGGUCUUAGAUACAAACACGCCGCCAGAGCCGUACACGCUGGCAACCCUUGCAGAAGGCCCGGUCAAGAUUGAGCAGAUUCAGUUAUGCGGGGGUGAUCCCAGAGUGUUUGUUCAAAAUUAA